GACCUGCUAGCUAAGCUAGCUAGCUUCUUCACAAUACUCUCAAACUCGAUCUAUAUAAGUGGCUGCCGGCCGGCCUACACGUUUCAUGCAUAGCUAACACGAUCUAGGCAUCCCAGCUAGCUACCAAGAACGGAAACCCUAGCUAGCUGUUUACUCCAUGCAUGUCCAUCUCCUAAACACGAUCGCACUGCUCUCAAUUAUUAGCUAGUAGAUGGCACAGGCGAGCAAGCGCAGUGCGUUUCUCCGGCCAGUGAUGUACGACGACGACGAACCUUCGUCCAUCUCCAUGUCCCUCGAGCUAUUCGGCUACCACAACGGCGGCGUCGGCGUCGUUGUGGACGACGGCGACGAGGCCGCCGACGGUGGCUCCGCCUCUGCUCUCUCGCUGCAGCUCGCCUUCGACGACGACAGCUUCGUCAAGGGCGGGUGCGAGUGCGACGACGCCGGCGGCGGCGGUGCCUCGGCUGCAGACUACUACUACUACGGCAGCUGGGCUGGCGCCUACGGUGGCUCCGGCGCCACGUCCAGCGGCUCCAACUCGUCGGUGCUCAGCUUCGAGCAGGCCGGCAGCGGCGGCGGACAGCGUCAUCACCUGGUCUAUGGCGAAGACGGGUGCGCUCUCUGGAUGGACGACGCGGGCGCUGGCAUGGUCGUCGAGCAUCCGCCGGCACAGCAGCAGCAGCAGCACGGAUCCGGCUGCGACUUCGGACUCAUCGGCAGCUCGCCUGAUGAUGCCGGCUUACCAAUCCAGCUGGAGCCGGGGACUGUCCAGCUGCCGGCCAAGGCGCCGCCGCACAAGCGUGCUCGCCGGCAGGACGGUGAUCAGGUGCAAGCUGCUGCAGCGGCGAAGAAGCAGUGUGGUGGCGUGGGGGCCAGGAUGAAGAGCAAGCAGGCCAAGCUGGCUGCUCCUGCUCCUACCAAGGACCCUCAAAGCGUAGCUGCAAAGGUUCGAAGAGAGAAGAUCGCCGAGAAGCUCAAGGUCCUGCAAGAUCUCGUGCCCAAUGGCACCAAGGUGGACUUGGUCACCAUGCUUGAGAAGGCGAUCACCUAUGUCAAGUUUCUCCAGCUGCAAGUGAAGGUGUUGGCUGCCGAUGAGUUCUGGCCUGCACAAGGAGGCAAGGCACCAGACCUCUCCCAAGUGAAGGACGCCUUGGACGCCAUCCUGUCAUCGUCCCAGCAGUGCCCUAAAUAAUAAUCAGCUCAUGCACUGCAUGCUUGCUUCGUUUUAGUUUCUCUCUAGGAGCCGCGCCUAAGACGAUGGUGAAGAUGCUACUAACUAGGAAAUCUAUCCAUGCUUGGCUGCCCAAGAAACAGAUCAGCAAAUAACAAAAAGUAGUGAAGAGAGUGAUAUGAUGAUGGUUAAGUUACCUCAAGUUAAUUUUAGCGGCGAAUAAUUCAGCCGUUGCCAAUAUGUUCGCUCGCGACGAUCCCUUUUUUUUCAAGAUAAUCACACAUCUUGUUUUGUAUCGCAUCAGCUACGUUAUUAUCUCUGAAUAAAUUCUUCAACCACACUUGGUUAGCAAAACAAA